UCGAGACUCCGGAUUCUUUGAAGAUGACUGAAGCUGAAGAAGGAUUCCUCUCAGUCACUCUGGAAGAUACAAGCACAAGAGAACCUGCCCCCGUAGAUGUGGACACAACAGAUAAUUACCACUACACAAGGGAUGACUGGUACAAAUUGUUUUCUCAAGAUGGCUACCUCAAAGUGUUAAAACAGUUUGCUCUUUCCGGUGAGCUACAGCGGUCUAAUUUAAGAUCGAUUUGCUGGAAGCUGUUUCUUGGUGUCAUACCUGAAGAUCAGAGCCAGUGGAUAGAAGCAUCAAACUUAUCACGAGAGAAAUAUGCAGCCUUGAAGCAAAAGUAUAUGAUUGAUCCUCAUAAAGAUGUUGAGGCCUCGCUAGAUCUAAAUGUUCAUAAUCCUCUCUCACUUGAAGAAGAUAGCCCUUGGAACCAGUACUUUCAAGAUGGAGAGAUAAAGCAAAUCAUCACUCAGGAUAUUGUUAGAACUCAUCCCGAUCAGAUGUUCUUUAGACAACAAGACAUCCAGAACAGUAUGUUAGAUAUUUUAUUCUGCUAUGCCAAAGAAGAGCCUGACAUUAGCUAUAGACAAGGCAUGCACGAACUCUUAGCUCCAAUUCUUUUCAUCCUUCAUGCUGAGAGCAGAGACGAUGUGCAAAAUGACGAUUCACUAAGUCCUGCGUUAAAGGUGGUGAUGGACCCUGCCUGCAUUGAUGCUGAUGCCUUUGCUCUCUUUUCAGAGCUCAUGGAGGGUAUGCAGCACUUCUUCCUCAGUGCCUCCUUAGAGUCCGACAUUAUCAGAGCAAGGCAACAGAAGAAUAGCAACAGACACGUCAGAAAACCUUUCGAAUCCGAUGAAGUCUACCUCCCAACUUCAUCAAUUGCAAGGAAGCUUGAUAAGAUCCACGACGUCUUAUUAAAGAAUGCCGAUGAGCAGCUGUACUACAGACUGAGGGAUCUUGGUAUCCCUCCACAGACCUAUGGAAUUCGGUGGAUUAGAUUAUUAUUUGGACGAGAGUUUCAUCUUCCUAGUAUGCUUCAGUUAUGGGAUGCCUUGUUUGUUGAAGGGAACUCACUCGGCCUAAUGGACUAUGUCUUUGUUACCAUGCUUACACUAAUAAGAGAUACUUUAUUAACAGAUGACUACAGUACGUGUAUGCAGCUUUUAAUGAAGUACCCUCCGUGGUUUGAGGUAUCUGACUUAGUUCAAAGGGCACUACAUCUUAGGAAUCCAGCUAGGUAUCCUGACCCAGUCCCUCAUGUUAGGGAGUGGACACAAAUUAACGAAGAUAUGCACACGCCCUCUCCUAACCAGCUACAUAUUCAAGAAGACCGCUCACCACCGGAAGUAGUCAAGAUGUCGCAUAAACUUGCUAAUAAAACUAAAUCAGUGUUUGCUCAAGCCACUAAACAAAUGCACAUACCAAAGAAACAGCUUAGCUUGAAUACUAAACUCUCCCUUCCUAAGCCAAGUGGUGGAGGAGGAGGAGGAGGAGAGGGAAAGUCUAAAAGUAAUGGUAGCACUUCCGCAAUGACUCCACUCUCAGCAUCAGAAGAACAAGAAAUGAUACGCAAUCCAAAAGUAUGUUUUUAUAUCUAUCAAUUCUACAGAUACUGCACUGUACAUUUGCUUUAAAAUUUCCAGCUAAAUUGUAGUUUUUUUGGA